AUGCCCAUUUACGCCUUUCACCCGGUGAGUAAUAAUUUGCAACGAAUUUACAAAGUACGUUGUAGAAGGCUCCAUUCCUUUUGCGAGUUGGGCACCAGCGAACAGAACAGGAGAGGAGAGGGCCGAAUCUGCCAAGUCGACAAGAAAAUCCAGCUGACUAGUGUUAAGCUAGCUGACGCUUUGCACGACUAUGUGAGUAGUGACGACUCGGAUGGGGAGGAAUCUCCCGAAGGGAAGGCAGAAACGGGUCGUUCUGCUGAAAGAUAUGUUGGGAGUGAACUUCACAAUGGAAUGGAAAAGGCAGAUGGUCAUAUGGUUUAUCCAGACAGUUGCGCCGAGCCAAAUGCAAGCCUCAACAGUGGGGGAACCAAAUGGGGGGAUCCUGGCGCAGGGGAGAACCUUUUCGAUAACUUAGACGAAGAGGAGAAAAAAUACGUUAAGACACUGAGCGAUGGUACCAGCACUUGUACGAUUAUGCAGGGAGAAAUUUCUAACCAGUUCGGAGCCACCACGGGGAAGGGAAAACCGAGUGGUGAUACGCAGCAAGCGGAGAUGAAGUCGUACCUAAAUUGGUACAUAAGGGAGCGCGAAGGGGAAUGCGGUAAGAGCAGUCGCCCCCCUGGAGAUUACCCCCCAAGUGAUACCCCCCAAAGUGACACCCCUCCAAGUGACACCCCUCCAAGUGAGUACCCCCCAAGUGCACUGGACGCAGAACUGAGCAAACUGGAAGUCGCCCUGAGGCCCUCCCAAAACGAUGUCAACAGCAUGAAAACGUUCCUCGCCUUCCUGCAGAAGGAAAUUAAUAAGCAUUACAAAAAUUGCCACGUAACGCCCUUUGGGUCUAUCAUCAACGGUUUUUGGACUCGAAACAGCGACAUAGACAUAUGCAUUCAAAUCCCUAUACUGCUCAGCAGGAAGGACCAAAUAACAUUCCUAAAAAAAAUCUGCCUCAUAUUGAACAGUUUUAAUGAUGGAAUAAUUGAGCAGAGAUUUUCUGCAAAAGUACCCAUCAUUCAUUUUUAUUGUAAAAGUUUAAGACACUCGUUUGAGCUGUCCUGUGACAUUUCGGUAAAUAACAUCCUUGCGGUGGUCAACUCGAAGUUGAUUCAAAAAUAUGUAAGCAUAGAUAAAAGGCUACAGUUAAUGGGAAUUGCGUUAAAGUAUUGGUCGAAAAAUAGAAAUAUAAAUGACAGAUCGAAAGGAUUUUUAUCGUCAUUUUCUUUAAUUUUAAUGAUAAUUCACUUUUUGCAAUAUGUGACGGAGCCCAAAAUUCUUACCUCCCUUCAAGACAUCUCUUUCAAAAGAAAUGAAAAACCCUUUUAUGUCAUGGGUGUUGAUUGUAAAUUUUGCCAGGACGAAAAUGUCAUUCGAGAAGAGCUGCGCAGAAUUAAUAACUACAACGAUGUGUAUGUAGACACGUCAACUUUGCUUAUUGAGUUCUUCAAAUUUUUUGGAUACAAAUACAAAAGCGGCAUAAUUGCCAUACGAGACAUAAACGAUUAUUACCAGAACUUCCAAGCCGUUAGAAGCUACGAGUCCUACUUCCUUUUCGUGGACAACCCCUUUGAGGUGGGCAAAAAUGUGGCCAACGUCCUGCCCCAAAACUACAAAACGAUUGUCAACGAAAUGAAGCGCGCCUAUAAAAUCUUAAAAAAUAACGGCUCCUGGAGGGACGUGUGCGGGGCGGGCCACGUUUUGGUGUAG